AUGUCUAAAUACAAUGUCUUAUUACUUUCCACAUUCUGUUUUGUCAUCUACUAUUUAUUGGUUCUAACUUACUCUUAUCCUACUCCGUUGCGACCGCUAUGCCACCAUCAAGAGAAGUUAGCAUUGCUUCAUUUCAAGCAAAGCUUUCUUAUUGAUUGUUCCGCUUCUUCAUCAUCCAACUCACUCACCUCUACAUAUACACAGGUGACUAGGAUACUAGUCGAAAAUACUACACUUUCAUAUAAUGAUCGUUUCCCGAAUGGGAGUAUUCGUGUUGAUAAUGAUUGUUGUAUGUGGGACUAUGUCAAGUGCGAUGAAAAGACAGGUCAUGUGAUUGGUCUCAACUUGAGGAAUAGCUGCCUUUAUGGUACCUUCCCUCGCAAUAGCACACUCUUUAGCCUUAUUCAUCUUCGUGAGCUCGAUCUUUCUUAUAAUCACUUCAACUAUUCUCGAAUCCCAUCAACCAUUAACCGUGAAAUUCCAAUCGAAAUUUCAACAUUGUCUAACCUCUCCCUUCUUGAUCUUUCUAAUAACUUCGCUUUGGAACUUCAAAAUGAUCAUGGUUUCGAUAAGUUGGUUGGUAAUUUAACUCGCUUAACUCGACUCCAUCUUGAUCAUGUCGAUAUGUCUUCUGCCUUGCUACUUAGCUUGAGCAAUCUAACUUCUUUGAAAACUCUUUCUCUAAGUCAUUGCAACCUAUAUGGUGAAUUCCCUAGAGGUGUUUUUCUACUACCAUAUCUUGAGGAACUCAAUUUACCGGCCAAUCUCAACCUAGGAGGAUUGUUACCCGAAUUUCCUAUAAAUAGUCCUCUUAAAAUCUUGAAUCUUAGAGAAACAUCAUUUUCCGGUGAGAUAACCACAUCCAUUGGAAACCUUGGCAACUUAGUUAAGUUGAAUCUUUAUGACACUAGUUUCGCCGGAUCAGUGCCAUCUUCGUUAGGUAACUUGACGAAGCUCACCGAGCUGGAUCUUUUAUGUAACUUUGAUGGUGAAUUUCCGUUAUCCAUCACAAAUCUCACACAACUCACUACCUUAAGUCUUUAUGAUCUAAGGAUCGGCUCUGAAAUAAUGAAUUCCUGGUUGAUGACGCUGAGUAAACUCGAGCAGCUAACACUUAGCAACAUUAAUUUAUCCGGUGCAAUGCCGCCUGCUCUAGCGAACCUCACGAGACUCACUCAGCUUCAUCUUAGUUCAAACCAACUCACCGGUCCUUUGCCACUUUGGCUGACAAAUCUAAUAAAACUACAAUGGUUAGGCUUAUAUGGCAAUCAGUUUCAAGAUCCGAUAAUACCAGAUUGGUUUUCUCGGCUUAUUAGUCUUGAAACACUCAUUAUGCCUUAUGGAUUGGGUGCCAUGUUAGACACAUUACUGAAACUACCAAGUCUUUCAUCUUUGGUUUUGGAAGGUGGGAAUCUGAUAACUUCUCCCAAUUUAAGCCGAAAUUCUUCCUAUGCCAAGUUCGUUACCUUACGUCUCAUGUCCUGCAACCUGACUGAAUUUCCUCCUUUCUUGAAUCAUCAAGAUGAGUUGCAAAUGCUAGAUCUUAAAGGAAAUCAUAUUACAGGCAAUAUACCACAAUGGUUUGUGAACACAACUGCUGAGAGUCUCGUGGAAAUCGACCUAGACAACAAUACUUUAACGGGUUUUGAAGAACCUCAAAAUUUCCUCCCAUGGAAUAAUUUGCAAGCCUUGUAUAUCCAAAAUAACAAGCUGCAAGGCCAAGUUCUUACUCCACCGAAUUCCUUGCAAAUUUAUCGACUCUCUCGGAAUCAGUUCACCGGAAUGAUUCCAAAGAAUAUAUGCAAGGGAAGCUCUCUUAUAAACUUGGAUCUCUCAAUGAACAAUCUUAGUGGUGAAAUCCCGAGCUGUAUCGGUACUCAGCUUCGUGCUUUGCAAGUCUUAGAUCUCUCCCGGAACAACCUUAGUGGUCGAAUCUCCCCAUCUAUCUGUACUCAGCCCGGUUCUUCUUUGCAAGUCUUAGAUCUCUCUGAGAAUAACCUUAGUGGUGAAAUCCCCAUAUGUAUGGCUACACAUCUUAGUGCGUCUUUGCAAGUUCUGAAUUUGUUAGGCAAUCAUUUUCAUGGAAUCAUUCCUCAACCAUUUGCAAGAUCCUGCAAAUUGAAGAUGAUCAAUUUAAGCAAAAAUCAACUAGAAGGUCAGUUACCCAAGUCAUUAACUCAUUGUGAAGCCCUUGAAAUCCUUGAUCUUGGCACAAAUAUUCUUAAUGACACUUUCCCAUCAUGGCUAGGAGGCCUCCCUAACUUGCAUGCUCUUGUCUUGAGGCAUAACUGCUUUCAUGGUAGUAUCAUUGCACCUCUCGGAGUUGCUGUUGAAGAUCAGUCGGAUUCAUCUGAAUCGGCGUUUGAGAUAUAUACUUCAGUUGGUAAUACCAUAUAUACUAUCGAGCUGUCUAACUCGUAUAUGAUCACCAUAACCACUAAAGGCAGCGAAAUAUUAUUCCCGAGGAUACUGAAUGUGUUUCGAGUGAUUGAUUUCUCGAGCAACAACUUCACUGGUGGAAUUCCCGAUGCUCUAGGAAAUUUAAAGGGACUUCAGGGACUUAACUUGUCGAACAAUCAUCUUAUUGGUGAUAUUCCAUCGUCCCUAGCCAACAUUACAGGGCUCGAAGCAAUGGACCUUUCUCAGAAUAUGCUCUCAGGAGAGAUCCCUCGGCAGUUGGCACAGUUAACAUUUCUCGAGAUCUUUAAUGUCUCGCAUAAUCAUCUUAUGGGAGCAAUACCGAAAGGAAGCCAGUUUGAUACAUUUGAUAAUAGUUCAUUUGUCGGGAACUCAGGGCUUUGUGGGGGUUCAUUGAGCAUGGAGUGCAACACAGACUCCUUACAGCCAUAUUCACCAACGUCGCAGACUAGUGAUGAGACUGAAGACUCUAACCUGAUUGAUUGGAUUGUUCGUUCACUGGGUUGCGCAAGCGGGUUCAUAGUUGGAAUGAUAAUCGGUAAACUCUACAUAACUGAUAGAUAUCAUGAUUGGUUUAUGGAGACUUUCAAAAGGAGGAGGAUGCCCAAGACAAGGGCUAGAAGAUUGGCACCAAGAAUACAUUCCUGA